AUGCCAUUAAAAGCACUGAAACCACGAACCCCGGGACAGCGCGGUGCGGUGCUGUCCACGUCGGAUGACAUAACCACGCGCAAACCCAAGAAAUCGCUAGUCCGCCCGAUGAAGAAGAACGCAGGCCGAAACUCAAGCGGUCGCAUCACAGUGCGCCACCGCGGCGGUGGACAUAAACGCCGCUAUCGAGUUAUCGAUUUCAAGCGGGAUAAGCACGGCAUACCGGGCGAAGUAACUUCAAUCGAAUACGACCCGAACCGCUCCGCGCGGAUCGCGUUGAUAAAGUACCCGGACGGCGAGUGGCGUUACAUUCUGGCGCCGGACGGACUGAAGGUCGGUGACAAGAUCGAGGCGGGCGAGAACGCUGAACAGCGAGUAGGCAAUGCGCUCCCGCUCCGCUCCAUUCGUGAAGGCUCGCAAGUCCACAACAUCGAAAUGAAGGUGGGCAAGGGCGGUCAGAUGGCGCGAAGCGCCGGAGGGUCGGCUCAGCUGCUUGCCAAGGAAGGCAGGUACGCGCUCUUGCGUCUGCCAUCGGGCGAGAUGAGGAAUGUGCUCAGCGCAUGCAUGGCUACCGUGGGACAGGUGAGCAAUCUCGACCACAAGAAUGUCAAACUAGGCAAAGCCGGCCGCAAGCGCAACAUGGGCUGGCGUCCUGAAGUGCGCGGCUCUGUGAUGUCACCACGCGACCAUCCGCACGGCGGCGGAGAGGGACGAUCACCCAUCGGCAUGCCAGGGCCUAAGACACCCUGGGGCAAGCCCGCUCUUGGUUACCGCACGCGCAAGAAGAAGAAGCCGUCCGGCAAAUUCAUUGUGAGGCGCAGAGGACAGAGAUAG